AUGGGCGCAGCGAUGACUCCACUCGAUUUAACCCUCGAGAAAGUCGGCAUGGGUGCAUACCAAUGGAAACUAUUGCAAGUGCACCUCUCUCUUAUUCUCUACCUUCAAAAUCUGUUCUUUCCCACAUGCUUUUUUUCUCUGGUACUACUCAUCCCCAUUCUAUAUUCUCCUUACUGCCCUUUUUUAGUCUUAUGUGGCUUUGGCUGGCUUUGUGACAAUAUGUGGCUUCAAUCGGUGGCUGUGAUAUUGCCCAGGGUUCAAGUACAUUUUCGGAUCUCAGAUCGAUGGAUCGGUUUACUUUCGACCUCCAUUUUCUUUGGAAUGAUGAUUGGAGCAUGGAUAUGGGGGAGCUAUUCGGAUACGUAUGGUCGUCGAGGACCUUUUAAUGGAACAUUACUGAUGACUGCGGUCUUUGGACUUUUCUGUGGCUUCGCGCCUAGUUUUGGGUGGCUGUGUUUCUGUCUGAUCGGCCUUGGAAUGGGUGUUGGCGGCUCAAUGCCAACAGAUGGCACAUUGUUUCUGGAAAAUAUUCCGAAAACACGACACUAUCUUCUUACUGGGCUCUCCGUGUUUUUUUCGUUUGGAGCAGUCAUCUCUUCGUUUUUGGGCUUACUGAUCCUUCCUGGAUCGAGCUGUAAAGAGCCUCCUCCCGGGCAAACUUUGCUGUGUAACUCCGAAGUCGAGAAUCGUGGUUGGAGAUAUUUGCUGAUCACCCUGGGUGUACUUACAUUCAUAAUGUUCGCUUGCAGAGUAGCGCUAUUCAGCAUAGAAGAAUCACCAAAAUACUUAAUUUCGAACGGCCGGGCGGCCGACGCAGUUUUAGUUUUGGAGGUUAUUUCAGCACAAAAUGGGACGGGCCUUACGAUCACAGAGGCUGAUGUAGAAGAUGAUUCGCCUGAAGAGACUUUAGCGCAUCAUCAAUACAGUCCAUUGAGAGACAGCCCCCAGCCAAAUGACACCAGCCCCUGCCCGAGAUCGAAGACUCUUUUAUCAGACGAAUCACAAGGUUGGAAAGCGCCAAUCGCACGGGGAAUCGAAAAUUUGAAAUAUCGGGUUGGAUUACUCAUGACGCCAGAAUUGAAAGUAACGACGCUCUUGGUUUGGGCAAUCUGGGCAGUGGUGUCAUUUGCUUAUACUUCAUUCAACGUAUUCUUACCAGCUUAUCUAGAGAAACGGCAUCCAGAAAAGAUCGAUAUUGAAGAGACCUUGAAGGAGUAUCUGUUCUACACAAUCGCUGGUUGUCCAGCUAGCUUGCUGGCCUCUUGGAUGAUCGAAACUAGGCUAGGUCGCAAGAAAACAAUGGUUUUAAGUGCUUUAGGUACUUCAGCAGCCAUUCUUGCGUUUUUGAAAAUCCGCAGUGAUGUCGGAAUCAAAAUCAGUAGCAUGAUCAUUGCGGUAAUGGCAACCAUUAUGUACGCGGUUAUAUAUGGUUAUACUCCGGAAGUAUUUCCAUCGUCCAUCAGAGGUACAGGUUAUGGUAUUGCAUCAGCAUUGAGUAGAUUAUCAGGCAUGAUCGGGCCACUUAUUGUGGGCUUGUUGAUGAAAAUUUCGAGCCUUCAAGCUGCUCUUUGGAUGACCGUUUUAGUAUUCAUUUUUGCUGCUGUUUUGAUGUGCAAAUUGCCGAUAGAAACUAGGGAUUCUAAGCCGGCCUUGAGUGCAGUUGAAGAUUUAGAAGGUGAUUGCACUCCCUUGACCUCUUUCUUCCACUCCUCAUGUUCGAGCCAUUGA